UGAACCAUCCACAGCUGUGUUCAUAUUUAUUCCACUCACACGCACCGGGAGCAUAUCUGGACUUACUUUUUUAGCUUUGCAGAAGAUUUUGGACGCGUUUAUUGCCAUUUACUUGCAUUUGAUUUUAAAACAGGCUGCAAAAAUGCGUCUUAUUCACAACAUGAGCACCAUCACGGAGUAUCCCACACAGGAAUAUACAGCUCCUAACAGGACCAUUAAAAUAGCCGUGAUUGGGGGCAGUGGCGUGGGCAAAACAGCCCUCGUUGUGAGAUUCCUAACCAAACGCUUUAUUGGCGACUAUGAGAGAAAUGCAGGCAAUCUUUACUCUCGUGAGGUCCAGGUGGAUGGGGACCAAGUGACCAUCCAAGUGCAGGACACUCCAGGGGUCGAGUUGACUGAUAAUGGCAUGAGUCUCCCAGAACACGUAUCCUGCUCUGUACAAUGGGCAGAUGCAGUCGUCCUGGUGUUCUCCGUGACCGAUCGGCACAGUUUUGACCUGAUCUGCCAUCUUCAUCAGUUAGUGCAGCGUGCAGGUGGGGCUAACCCUCCCCCGGUCAUCCUGCUGGCCAACAAAGCCGACCUGCUCCACCUGAGGCGAGUGGAGGCUCAACAAGGCCCUCUGCUGGCCACGACGCUAGGCUGCUCUUUCUACGAGGUAUCAGCCAGUGAGGACUAUAACCAGGUGCACGGCGCUUUCCACAGACUGUGCUGCCAGCUCGCCAAGCAGCCCGCCCCAGUCUCCACCCCAACCAGCAACCCUGCCAGCGCCCCGUCUGAAAAGAAGCGCUCCCCUCUCAUCCCCCGCCCCAAGUCCCCCAACAUGCAGGACCUGAAGAGGCGCUUCAAACAGGCGCUGUCCGCUAAAGUGAGGACAGUGACAUCGGUGUGAGCGGGAUGUAAGUGUGGUCCCGAGCGGCCACAUGUGGAAAGAAAGCUUUGAACAAGGGCAAAGAGGCGGUAUGCUUCUUGGGACGUCCUGAACCUGGCGAACAGGUGUGUGAAAGACAGAGCCGAGACGGGGAAGGUGGACAGGUACCUUCCGGGUCAACUGUGGCUCCUCGUUCGUCUUAGAGAGGGGCAUAGGGGAGGGGCAGAGGAGCAGGGAGAGAAGAAGCAGAGGCAAACAAUUUACAUUCUUAACUAAACAGUGUAAAUUCUCUCUCCUGGCACCGAUACUGCUGUGAAGGACUCUGUAUUUUUAGCUAGCGCUCUUGUGUGGUCUGUAGACUGUAAAUGCUAGUAUUGUCCUACUAGCCACUUGAGCCAGAGACAGUGCCAGCCUCUUGUAUGUGAAUAACAACAAUCUAAUGUGUGUUUUUAAACAUCAUUGUAGUAGGAGAAAGAGACGGCAGCAGGCACGUAUGUAGCAUGUGAAAAUUGUCAUCACUGAUGCACUUUAUAAAAAUGUCAAAAGGGACAAUUGUUAUUUAUUUGUUACUGUUUCACUUUUUGGUCACAAUAAACGGUUGAAUUUGAA